AUGAUAAAUUACAGUCCAACUUCUACACCUUUGGUAGUAGGCACAAAGUUAAGUAUAGAAGAUAAUGAGACAGAUUUUGAUUCCUCUUUAUUCAGAAAAUUGGUUGGUUGUUUGAUGCAUUUCUCUGCCACUAGGCCAGAUAUAAUGUAUGGAGUUAGUUUGAUUUCUAGAUUCAUGGAUUUACCAAAGAAUUCGCAUUGGCAAGCAGGGAAAAGGUUAUUGAGGUACAUAGCAGGAUCUGUAAAUUAUGACAUAUUGUAUUCUACUUCAGAUAAUUUUCAGUUGGCUGGAUAUACAGAUAGUGCUUUUGCAGGAAGUAUUGAUGACAGAAAGAGCACAUCUGGAUAUGCAUUUCAUCUUGGAAUAGGUGUUGUAGCAUGGACAUCAAAGAAGCAACCUAUUGUGACAAUUUCAUCAGCAGAAGCAAAAUAUGUGGCAGGUACAUCAACAUGA